AUGCUCAUGAAAUGGCAUGAUGCAUUGUCGACGAACAAACUGCAAAAGUUGUUCUUCUGGCUACUGGUUCUGCAGUUCUCCUUGAUUGCGACGUGUUGCGCUCGUCGUGACGGUGUGCCCGGUGCACCACAUAUCGCUGCGCUCAGGCAAGAGACGGAAGAGCUCUUUUACCAUGGUUUUCAAAGCUAUAUGAAGCAUGGCUUUCCUGAAGACGAGGUUCGUCCCUUGAGCUGCAAACCAUUGCAUCGAGAUCGAGAGAAUCCCAACCACCUCGAACUUAACGACGUGCUUGGAAACUACUCAUUGACGCUCUUAGAUACGCUCUCGACUCUUGCUAUUCUCGCUUCUUCUCCAACAGGAAGCCAUGGAAAUAAACCCCUCGAGCUGUUUCAGAAUGCUGUCAAGGACAUUGUAAACCUGUAUGGCGACGGAAGUGCUGGAGCACGAGGCCAGGGCAGAAGAGCAAGAGGGUUUGACCUGGAUAGUAAAGUACAGGUCUUUGAAACUACCAUCCGUGGUUUGGGUGGCUUGCUGAGUGCGCAUCUCUUUGCUGUUGGAGAACUACCUAUCACUGGGUAUGGGCCGCCAGCUGAUCAGGCUCGUGCAGCGCAAGCUUGGACAAGAGAUGGAAAAGAUACUGUUGGAGGUAUAAGAUGGAGUAAUGGCCUGGUAUAUGACGGACAACUUCUGAGGCUCGCGUACGACCUAGGCAACAGGCUCGUGCCCGCAUUCUGGACCUCUACCGGCAUUCCUUAUCCUCGAGUCAACCUCCGCCACGGUAUACCUUUCCAUGCUCGAUCUGCUGGCAAUUUUGCUCCUGAAGGAGAAUGCGAAACUGAGAAGAAGAAAGAGACAGGUGAAAUAACAGAGAACUGUAGUGCUGGCGCUGGGAGUCUAGUGCUUGAGUUCACUGUACUGAGUCGACUGACGAACGAUGCAAAAUUCGAAGAAUUGGCAAAGCGCGCAUUUUGGUCCAUCUGGAAUCGCAGAAGCCCAAUUGAUCUCAUUGGAGCUGGUAUUGACGCUGAGACUGGCGUUUGGCAGCACUCGUGGACAGGUAUCGGUGCUGGAAUAGACAGCUUCUUCGAAUAUGCUUUCAAAUCGCAUGUCUUACUUUCUGGACUUCCACGUCCACCAGCGCCGAACAACAUCACUGCCCACGAUCCCAGGUCUCUCUUCGUACCACUCUCAGACGUGGACCAUGAUGGCGAAUCGUUUUUGCGCGCCUGGGAUGCUGCUCACGCUGCGAUCCAGAAGCACAUCAACCGUGACAUAAACUUUCAACAUCCUCACCACAUUCAGGUAGAUCUUAACAGCGGGGCUUCCAGGGCUUUCUGGGUCGAUGCAUUGUCGGCCUACUAUCCAGGACUACUUGCCAUGUCUGGCCAUGUAGAAGAAGGUGUUGAAGCACAUCUUGUCUAUACCGCCCUGUGGGCUCGCUUCUCCGCCCUUCCGGAACGCUACAAUAUGGCUACUGGUGGUAUUGAAGGAGGCCUUGGAUGGUGGGUAGGCAGACCAGAAAUGAUAGAGUCUGCCUGGUAUCUCUACCGAGCUACUGAGGACCCAUGGUACAUAUAUGUCGGAGAAAUGGCCAUGCGAGACAUCAAAAGACGUUGUUGGGGCCGCUGCGGCUGGACCAGUAUCCAGAAUGUACUAACUGGUGAAAAGGUCGAUCGAAUGGAAACUUUCUUUCUGAGCGAGACAGCCAAAUACCUUUUCUUGCUCUUCGAUCCUGAUCAUCCUCUAAACAAGCUCGAUGCACCUUACGUUUUCUCUACCGAAGGACAUCCCCUGAUCAUUCCCCGCGAUCGCAGCAUAAGAUACAAGCCAAUGGUACCUAUACCAGACGAGGUCAACGAUCGUACGUGUCCCCUCAAGCCUGCACCACUGCCGCUCAGCAUUUCCAAUGUUGCAGCUCGUGGCGACGUGUAUCAUGCCGGCUCUCUCGCGAGAUUGCAUCUUAUGCCACAACGUGGGCAGGUCGACUCGGUCCUAAAAGAAUACACCAUCGAUCAUCCUAGUAUAGUCCUUGCAGACGUACAGUCGCCUUCAAAUUGGACCUACUAUCCCUGGACGCUACCACCAGGACUCGUUCCACAUAAUGCUACAAGUUCAAAGAUGCCUACAGCUCCAACCUUCGAGCUUGCAUUCCCAUCGACAGAGAACAAAGCCAACAACGCCAAUCCACCUCUACAGCGUGUCAAAGAUGGAAUCCUUGUCAACGCGUUAGUAGGUUUGCGGCUGUCUAUGAUUCAGGACGUACCUAUGUUUGUCAACGACGACUUAAUUACUGGUUAUCGUGUGCACGCCAUUAACAACGUUGCACUCGGCAAGGACGAGAAGGUGUAUCUGGCGCAAAGCACUAGCUACAAGGCUUUGAAUCCUCAAGACCCCUUGUUCACUAGACUUCGUGACACUACAGUGCUGGACAUUGCGAUCGACAUCGGUCAGACUAAGAGGCAGAAGGAGACCGGAGGUAUCAAUGCAUCGAUUGGUCAAAACAUUGAGAUCGAGGUUCCUGAUCUCGACGAUAUCACGGAUGGAGCCAUGAAAGCGGCAUGGAAUUCGAUCUUGACACAAAUCUCAGACUUGGUGCGGGAUGCACAAGGGCUUAUGUUGCCUCUGGGUUCAGUUAUGGAUGAUAAUUCUCACGAUCAAAACAGUGGCAGGGUGUUUGUGCCUGCUAUUACACCGAGCGGGAUUGGUGCCGCCCCUCUGCCUGAUUGGCAGGAAGUGUCAGCAACUACCAGCAGUCAGGGAAAGGAGGAAGAGCUACCAUGGACGAAGAUUUACGCUGUUGGGGAGCUAUGCGACGAAAAGUUGCCUGCCAGCAUCUUGAGAUCACACCAAAUCAUCCUCAUCAAGCGAGGAACCUGCUCCUUCAACCAGAAGCUGUCGAAUAUACCCAUGGUGCGCCCCAACAGAGCAGCAUUCCAGCUAGCCAUCGUUGUUGAUUACGAAGAGGGCGAGGGGAUUCACGCUGCUGACAGCAUAUUCGGUAUUGGGUCUAGCAUCGUUGACUUCUCCACUCGACCUCUGUUGGAUGAGCCUCAGUUGACUAGUAGUGGACUGCCACGACAAAACCUGGUACCUAUGGUUAUGGUCGGUGGAGGUGAGCAGAUGUAUGAGGCACUCAAAAAUGCCAAGGGAAUAGGUGUGAAGCGGCGGUAUAGCGUAAGCACUCAAGGUAUUCCUAUAGCCAAUGUGAUGAUUGUUUGA